AUGCAAACCAUUAAAUGUGUUGUGGUUGGUGAUGGUGCAGUGGGUAAAACCUGCUUGCUGAUCAGCUACACAACUAAUAAAUUUCCCUCUGAGUAUGUACCUACUGUGUUCGACAAUUAUGCUGUAACUGUCAUGAUAGGAGGUGAACCUUACACCUUGGGUCUGUUUGAUACUGCAGGUCAGGAGGAUUAUGACAGACUCAGACCUUUGAGUUAUCCGCAAACUGAUGUUUUCCUUGUUUGCUUCAGUGUUGUGAGUCCCAGUUCAUUUGAAAAUGUCAAGGAAAAAUGGGUACCAGAAAUAACACAUCAUCAGCAGAAAACACCAUUCCUUUUGGUGGGGACACAGAUAGACUUACGAGAUGACCCAGCAACUAUGGAAAAGUUAGCAAAAAUAAAACAAAAGCCCGUUUCUCUGGAACAAGGUGAAAAACUUGCUAAAGAGUUGAAAGCUGUUAAAUAUGUGGAGUGUUCGGCUCUCACUCAGAAAGGGUUGAAGAAUGUGUUCGAUGAAGCAAUCCUAGCGGCUCUGGAGCCUCCGGAGCCUGUCAAAAGGAGGAAAUGUGUGUUGUUG